GUCUAACUUCUUUCACCGCUGCACACUUUUCCUUGUACAGUAUCAUGAAAUGGCCAACAGGUUACUAUUGCUAGGCUCCCAUAAUAACAACGGUGCCAAAAUGGCACUAUCAAUUCACACCCCUUACUGCCUCCAAUCCGCCUCUACGGGUACGGCAGUUCGUGCUACAUCGGUUUCCGAAGAAUGUCCUCGGGCUCCUAUACCCCGGCCACUGGUCUCUGGCUCGAACGGUCGCGUCUCGAUGGCAUGAUAUUGGCCGCUUUUUCAUAUGGUAGGUUGCAACGGCCAUCCUGUCCCGGCUGUAGACACGGGAACGGCGUAGUAUACCGUCCGUGGCUCUUGGCUUAUGUUUUUACCACCUUCAUUCUGGCUACGGUCGGCUUUGCAGCCAAUGUCAAAUUCACCGAAAUGAUAUGGAUCGAUCUGAGGGAUGCACCAGGAGGACCAGUGGCGUUGAUUGAGGAUGAAUUGAACUAUUGGAUAAACAUUAUGGCGUUGACUUGCUACUAUGUCAUGGAGUGGUUCAUGCAAGCCCUUCUGCUUUACCGGUGCCUUGUGGUUUGGAAUGGGAAUAAAUACGUCGCAGUGUCUAUGACCGCCCUUUUUCUGACAAUGAUUGCACUUUCUAUCGUUGUUCUGGCAGGGGCCAGUGGAACGGUGUUUUACAACCUCAACACCCAACUAGCCUAUCUUUGCAUUGAAGUCGGCAUGACCGUCAUGUACACUCUCCUCGUUUCGUGGCAACUUCUCAAAUUUCGACGAGGAAUGGAAGGCCUGGUAGGGAGCGAGCACCUACACAUAUACAACACCGCUAUGACCAUGGUUGUCGAAUCUGCCGCUAUGUACUCUGUCUUGGGCAUCAUCUAUAUCAUUUCCUUCGCUCUUCACUCGAAUUUAUCCAACCUUGUAUUGUUGUCCAUCCCCAACGUCCAGGCCAUUGCCCAGCUUAUCAUCAUCAUCCGCGUUGUUCAAGGUCGGGCAGUGGGCACGUAUGGUCAGUCUGAGACCCGCGUGAACUCUAUUGCUUUUGCCACUUUCAGAACUGAGGAUCGUGGGGCCGCGCCCUCUCAGGGGUUACGUGGCGCGGAAUUUACUGCUGUUGAGUCCAGUUUGUGGAAAGAAUGAAGAGACAGAUCAGAUGCGAAAUGGAGGUUGUACUACAUAGCCUAUUUAGUACUUUAGCGAACUUGAACACUACA